GAAAUCUAAAAAGGAAAAAGAGGAAGUGAGGGUGAAGAUGAACGGGGAUGAUUGGAAAGAGAGAGACAGGAUGAUGAUGGAGAGGAAAGGGAAGAAUGAAAUCCCGUGAUGACGGUUAGAUUCUUAUCUAUCUCAGUAUCUCAUCUUGAGCUUCACCUGCGUAUCAAUAUAAUUCAAGUCAAUCAUCCUCGUCUACUUCAACAUGUCUAAACCAGCUAACCGAAUCACCCACCUCCUCACCCACUGGCCAACCGACCACGUCCGCCCGGCCUCCGUCUCCGUCCAAUCCUUCCUCCAAUCCCGCCUCCCGCAGACUCAGACCCAACCCCAAUCACAACAACCUCAAUCCGCCACAUCCCCAUCGCAAACAACAACAUCCACGACUACACCCCCCCGAUCUCCGAAUCCUCCCUCAACGCCCUCUCCUCCCUCCUCGAAGACCGCUACGUCCGUCGCUAUCCCGUCCCCCCGCGUGUGCGCCGCCCCGCCAGUAACCCAGACCACUACGAUGAUCUCGUGCGCGAGUUCGACGAGGCCCCUAGUCGGGAUUGGUGGGGACGGUUGGGGAAGAAGGUGAGGGGGCUGUUUCGGUUUACUUAGGGGGGAUGCUCUCUUCGGUUUUGUCUGUUUUUUACUACUGAGAAGAAAGCCGUGGGGAGG